UCUAUGGAAGGGUAGAAAAAUAAAAAAAAGACGAUGGAGAAGGAAGAAAUGGCUUCGUGGAUGUCAUCAUCAUCAUCAUCCUCCUCCUUUUGUUUUUGUUCAUUAUUUUCAUGUUAUUUCUUUCUAGUUUCCACUGUUACUACUUCCAGAUGAUCUUAAUCGUCUUCAACAUCAAAUCGGAAAGAUCUUAGCAAUUCCGACGACGACGACGACGACGACGACCAUGAUUAAGGCGAGGAUGUUCUCCUUCUCUAUUUCCGGCGUUUCGGCCGUGUAAUAGGGGACGAUACGAAAGAAUCGUCGUUUUCUCCUUUUUCAUUUCCGCCCCACCGGCCCCCUCUUUUUUUUCUUGCUUUUGAUUGGGAUUCGGGAACCGACUUUCUUUCUGAGAAAAUUUAAACAACUACAGUGAGAUAGAUACUGAUGGCCGCCGCUGCAUCUGAGCCACAAGCGAUCCUCGAUCGAACAAUUUCGCCGACUUCUGUUGCUACGUCUACUGCUCUACUAAGUCACUUAGCUUACUGAUCUUGGAUGCAGAAGAGAAACCUGUGGAAUCAGACAAAAUGAAAGAUCAGCUACUUUCAUCAACUAAUGGGAGGUCGAUAUCUCCAAAUGCUUCCAAGGAUACUGGGAUAGGUCAACCGGGGGACACUGCUAGUCAAUCAGGAUCAUUUGGUUUAGGUGGAGAUCACCCUGUCUAUCAAUCUAAUGUAUAUGCCCCUCAGGCACUUUACUACAAAGGUCCUGGUCAAUGGGAUGAGUACACUUCAUAUGUUAAUACUGAACGGUUGGAUAUUGGCUCUCCUGGAAUCUACAAUGACAAACCUUCUCUUGUAUUUCACACCAGUUAUGGCUAUGGCCCCCAAAUACCAUAUGGACCAUAUUCCCCUGUUACAACACCUCUGCCUUCUGUUGGGGCAGAUGCCCAAUUAUACUCCCCUCAGCAAUACCAAUUCUCAGGGCCACCAUAUUAUCAGCAACUGGUUUCUCCUAGCAUGCAGUAUGCCAGCCCACCGACAACAUUUUCUCAGCCGGAGCUGAACUCAGUGGUGGGCAUUGACCAACAAGAUGAUAGAAUGAUCUUUGGGCCAGGACCUAGUUAUCCCUCCCCAGUGGGGCCUUUUGGCAGAGGCAACUUUUCUGGAGAUCUUGCAAGUCUUGGUUUCCCUGAUUUGCAGCUAGGAUUUGAUGCAUUUGGAUCUGGUGGACUUUCUUCACAUUGGCCAAAACCCUUGGACAGAGAGAGGGUUCUUCCUGCAUUUUCGCCUGCAGUAUCUCCACAAACAAUUGGCGGCCUGGGAUCAUUUGGACAAAAUCUUGCAAUGGAUUCUCAACAAGCAAGGCCAUCCUAUGGGUUUGGAUCUGGCUCAAAUUCUUAUAACAGAGCCCACCUGCACAGUGAUUUUAAUCAGGGCUCCAGCUUCGUAAAUGCAUCAGUCCCCCAUUUGGGAACAAAAGAUAGGGGUUGGCUUGCUCUUGAUUAUGGCAGACGUCGUGGAAGGGCUGAUAGCUCUUUAUGCAAUUGCAGUGGUACACUUGAUAUUCUCAAUGAGCAAAAUCGUGGACCAAGGGCCUCAAAGCUGAAGAGCCAGACUGCCAUUGAAAAUGGUGCAUCAGCUGAUGGUAACAAAUACAGCUCAUCCACAACCAAGACCCUUGACGAGUCUUACAACCACCCAGAUUUUGUCACAGAUUACAAGGAUGCUAAGUUCUUUAUCAUCAAAUCUUACAACGAAGAUAAUGUCCACAAGAGUAUUAAAUAUGGUAUUUGGGCUAGCACACCAAAUGGAAACAGAAAAUUGGAUGCUGCUUACCGUGAAGCAAAGGAGAAGCAGAGCAGCUGUCCUAUUUUUCUCUUCUUCUCGGUGAAUGCUAGUGCCCAAUUCUGUGGAGUGGCUGAAAUGGUUGGACCUGUAGACUUUGAUAAAAGUGUCGACUACUGGCAGCAAGACAAAUGGAGUGGCCAGUUCCCUGUCAAGUGGCAUAUCAUUAAAGAUGUUCCGAACAGUCAAUUUCGCCACAUUGUGCUUGAAAACAAUGACAAUAAGCCAGUAACCAACAGCCGAGACACUCAGGAGGUUAAGCUCAAGCAAGGUAUUGAAAUGUUGAACAUUUUCAAGAACUAUGAAAGCGAGAUGUCCAUCUUAGAUGAUUUUGACUUCUAUGAAGACCGGCAAAAGGCGAUGCAAGAAAGAAAGGCCAGGCAGCAGGCCAGCUUGGUAGGCAUGGGGGUAGUUGGAGGACAGGAACAGAGAAAGGUUGUCGCCUUAUCUACCGACAAUCUGCUCAAGCCAAUGUCCAAGAGUUUUGCUCAGGUUGUCAGGCUGGAGGAGUUUGGUAAAGAAGGGCCAGUGGUGACCGAGAGAAGUGCCUCUGCAUCCGAUGGCUCCAUCAACAACAGAGUUGAAGACAAUGGUAUGUCGGCAGUGGUGUCUACCGCCAUCUAGGCAAGUUGUUCGCGCGCUUUUGGUUGUUUCUGCUGGAUAUGGGGAAGUUGGCAUCAGAGUGGGCUAUGAAGGGGCCUCCUCCUCCCGGUGAGUUGUUGACAUGGCUGGCUGGCUGGCUGAUGGACGCCCGCCCUUUCUUGUAUAUUUGUUGCAUAUCCCUACUGCUGAAUGCUGCUUCUUCCCUGAGAGUGCUUUGUUUUUUAUUUUGUUUUGUUGUUUUGGGGUUCAUUUUCCUUCCUUCCUUCCUUCCUUCCUUCUUCCCUUCGCGGGGCCUGUUUUUGCUUUUAAUAUUGGGGGUAUGAGCUGUUAAUGAGAAAAUAUAUUUCUGGAACCUUCUGAGCCCGCGAUGUCGAUGUCUCUUGGUACUGUAAAUUUGACCAAAUGGAUGCAGCAAAGAGCACUCGUUUUUCA